AUUCUAUUUUUCUUUUAUGCUUCCUCUUCUUCUAACGCUUCCUUUUAUAUUAUUUCUCCAGACCAUCCUCCCCACUUUCUCAUCCCCCUAUUUUUUAUUCCCUGGCUUUCUCCCGCACACAAACCCACCCCCUCCUGACUCUGAAUAUAUAUACGUUGAAAAUGCUACAAGCAAGGGACAACACCACGGUGUUGCCAGCAAAGAGCGACUUUGAGGUUUCAGCAAUUCCGUUCCAAGAUGGGAGCGAAUUUGACUCCUUGGAGCAGUACGCCGGCCAAAUUCCCAUACAGAGCGCAAAGGACGUCAUGUUCUUUUGGCUUAUAAGCAACACAACCAACACACAAAACAAGGAUAAGUUUAUACUCUGGCUGAACGGCGGACCCGGGUGCACCAGUCUGGACGGAGUAUUCAUGGAGAACGGGCCGUACAAAUUUGACGGCAGCAACAGACUGGGGUUCCGCGACCACAGCCUGACACAGCAGUUCGACGUGCUCUACAUUGACCAGCCGUUUGGCACGGGCUUCAGUGUGGCUAACAUCAAGAACUACGCGCACUCGUUCAAGGAGGCCACAACGUUUCUUCUGGACUUUCUACGCAAGUUUUAUGAAAUAUUCCCGGAAUUCCGCGAAAAGCAGCUGUACAUUGCUGGUGAGUCGGAGGCGGGCACAUAUAUUCCGUAUUUGGCCGACGCUGUGCUCAAGAUGCCCGAGGACGAGAGGUUUAACUUGGGCGGGCUCAUGAUCGGCAACGGCUGGGUCGACCCGCUGCCAAUGUACAUGUCGUACGUGGACGUGCUGAAGGAGCGCGACCUCCUCAGCGCCGAUGUGGAAAAGAGCAUGCUGGAGCUGAUGGACAAGUGUGCGCGCGAGUUCAGCCGCGCGCCGCAGCCAGUGCACACGGACAUAUGUGAGCGCAUCCCGCAGGUGUUUCUGGAUCAGGGUGGGCCAUCGCCCGGGAUCUGCUACAACAUGUAUGAUUUGCGUUUGACCGACACGCAGCCAUCGUGCGGCAUGAACUGGCCGCCGGAGGUCGGCUUCUACACACAGUACCUUAACCGCAAGGACGUGCAGAACGCGCUCAAUGUGGAUCCAAAACUGUCGCCGGCAGUCUGGAAGGAGUGCAGCUCGGCUCCCAACGCCAUGCUCAGGAGCGACAACUCUCCACCCUCUGUCCUGUUCCUCGACAAUAUUCUUGACCAUAUUCCUGUUCUGUUCUUUGUCGGCCAGAUGGACUAUUUGUGCAACCAUAUUGGGACCGAAUGGACAAUUGGCAAUAUGACGUGGGCCGGUGCGACGGGUUUUUCUGAUAGCGUGCAGGCUGCCGAUUGGGCCAUUUUGGGCAAGACCGUUGGCCGCGUACAGUCGGACCGCGGGCUGACCUACGCAUUGAUUAACGACGCGUCACAUAUGGUCGGCGUCGACAAGCCGCGCGAAAUCCUAGACCUCUUUACAGCGUUCACCAACUCGACGCCGGAUAACCUCUCCUUUUCCUCGUCCUUGCGCUCGGCCAUUGUAUCUGACGAGAUGAAGAACUCGCCGUCGCCGGUCACUGCCCCGUCAGGCCAAUUGGAGUCUGCGCACUGGGUCGGAUUUGCAUUUUUCUUUAUGCUGGUUGUGUCCUUUUUGCUGUGCUUUUUUGUGCGCAGGCGCAUCUUUGAUUGGUGGAUUACGAGGCGCAGCCAUCAGUACGGCGGCGGCAGCAGGGGCGCCCAGCGACUGGAGGAGGAGCUUGUCGCAAGUGGUGGAACACUUGACGGUAUGGAUGAUGCCUUUGUUAUGAGCGACUUUUCGUUCGCCAAGCAGGGCAAAUCCAACAACAGCCUGGAUCUGGACGGGCUUCUGCUGGACGACGGCAUGGCGUCAAGUCCUGACGAGGAAUACGAGGCUGCAAGUACCUUUGCUGGCAGCUCCAGCCAUUCACGCUCGCCAGCACACUAACACUAGAAUUUUUUCAUUUCUUAUCAUUUUUUUCGCAUUGCAUACAUUUGCAUCAGAACACUUUCAAUAAUAACAAAAAACAAGGGA